AAACAGAAGAAUACAAAAAUUAGGUUAUGGAAGUAAAGUUUAAAAAUUAAAAUGAACAAAUUAUUUACAAGGUUGAUUUCUAAAUCUUUAAACAAAUUAUCGAAAACUGAUAAAUUGGCAAGCACUUAUAAGGCAGCUGUCAUAACAGAAAUAGGGAAACCUUUAGAAAUACAAGAAAAAAAAGUACCGAAAUUAAAACCAAAUCAAGUUAGGGUACAAGUUGUUUAUUGCAGUGUAAACUCGGUGGAUUGCCAUAAAUUUAGAAACGACAGUGACCAAUUACCGUUUAUUCCUGGAUAUGAAUUAUCAGGGGAGAUUUUAGAAAAAGGAACUGAGGUUAAAGAUGAGGUUAUUAGGAUUGGAGAAAGAGUUGUUGGCUUAAAUCUUUUACAUUUCGGAGGCUUUGCCGAACAAUGCGUGCUAGAUAUCAAUGAUGUAUGGAGGAUACCGGGGGAUUUAGAAAGGAAAGAUGCUGCAGUCAUAGCUUAUGGUCAUUCCACUGCUCUUUAUACGUUUUCAAAAUUAUCUACUAUCAAAGAAAAAGAAAAAGUUAUAAUUUCAGCUGGUCCUGCUGGAAUGGGCUUAGCAGCAGUGGAUAUUGCAGCAAAUGUUUACAAGGCACAGGUUAUCGGAUUGGUGGAUACAGAAGAGAGAGGUGAAUUAGUCAGACAAAGAGGGGCAUUUGAGACUGUUAGUUUCUCAGAAAAAUUACCCAAAACAUGUAUGGCAGUAACUGAAAAUAAAGGAGCAAAUGUAGUCUAUGAAGCAGUAGGAGAACAAAUGGAGCUUAUUGGAAAAUGCGUUGCUGUUGGAGGAAAACUAUUUCAUGCAGCUCCAUUCUUUUACAAGACAAUCCCAGCUCCAAAGCCUCACACAUUCGCUUCAAUUGUUAGUCUCAAAGAACUGAAAAAGCAAAAUAACAACCUGUAUAGAUCCAUAGUCAAUGAUACUCUUGAAAUGGCAAACGAUGGGCUAAUAAGUGCUCAUAUAAGUGCUAAAUUUAAUUUGACACAAGUGAAUGAAGCAAUAAAAUUUAUUGAUGAUAAAAAAUGUACUGGUAAAGUACUUAUAUACAUUGAUAACUAAGUUUCGAUUAUUAAACAAGUAUUAUUUAUUAGGUAAUAACAUAAAUCGGUUCUGUUAUUUUAUUUUAAAACUUUUUAGUUAUAGAAUACUUUAUUCUAUUACCUUUUUGUAUAAUUUUUGUAAAAAUGGUUGUUAUAGUAAGUUUCCAAAGAAAUUUGAGGAUAUAAAAAAGAUUGAACAUUCUAAUAACACUUUAUCAAUAUAUUUGAACGAAUUCUUUACUGAAAUACUCUCUGGUGUGAAGGGUAGAUUUUCAAAGUCCUUUGACAACCAUCUGUGAAUAUAACUAGGUGUAUCUACAAAAAUAGGCCUCAUCUCAAUAGAGCUUUGACAAUUUCGGGUUAUUAACAGAUAACUUUUACCUAAGUGAACCAGUUAUAAUUAUUAAGUGUUUAUUUCGGAUCUUGUUGUAUAGUCCUGUCUUGAUUAAGCUACUAACUUUCUUGAAAUAGUCUUUUUUGUCCAUAAUAACAAUUUUGUUUCCUUUAUCUAUCUUUAAAUAAAAACAGAUAAAGGAACGGAUAAAAUUUUGACAUUAUUCAAAUAUUCUUUGCUAAUUAAUAUAUUUUUAUUCUUAAUAGACAUGAUUUUCGAGAUCUCCUGCACGUCUUCCGGAUGAAAGUCUUAUCAUCAUUAGGGAGAUACUGAAUGGAACUUUCAAUAUAUCUAAAUCAAAAUGUCUACGUCAUUUCAGUCAAAAGUCCAGGAAGAAAGGCUCUCAACAAUGUCGAUAGACUCCAAAGAAAUUAUUUUUCUCACUUAAAUUGUAAAUAGAAUAAUCCCUCGACUCUUUAAUUUCAGUUUUCUAAUUAUUUUAAUGUACUUCUGAUCUCAACCUUAAUAAUUUUUGUCAUUGUAUGGAGUGCUAAACUCACAGUUUGGAGUAUUAUUGUCCCUUGUUUUCAAGUUAACUAUGUCUACAUGUUUAGACGAUAGAAUGUAUCACUUUAUAAAAUUGUUUUUAUUUUAUUUAUUAAUUAAUAUCUAUUAUUAUAUUUGGUAAUAUAAACUAGGUCGCUGUUAGUAGAACCUGUGUCAAGUGUUAAUGAGGUGCUUAAUAUUCGAUUAUUGUUCAAUUCGACAGAUAAUAAGGGGUAAUAAGUUAUUCCUCUCUUAAUUUUAUUUGGUAUAUUUGAAAGAAAAGCAAAUUUUAACUCAUGUCUUUAUUUCAUAAUAAAAACAAAUAUCACAAUAUAAUUAUGUAUGUUCUGUACUUCAUAACAUUUUUUUUAUCAACCUCUGGUUCAAUUAAAAUCAGAAUCAUUUUUACUAACUUAUAAUUAUUAAAUAAAAUUACACAUUUAGCGAAUAAUUCAUAAAAUAAGAGAUCAAAUAUUUCCAAUAUAGUUUCUAGAACAUACAUUUGCUCAAAAAAGGUUUAUUUGUAAGCUGAAAAUGUUCAAUUAAAAGGAUACAUUGUUGAUAAAAUAAAUAAAAUAUACAGCAAGUUAUAUUAAGUUUAAAAGGGAGUCACUAAAUUAGCUCAAAAAAACGAGCAGUUGGUAAAAACUUCUCGACAUUUGUACACUUUACACUGCACCCUUAUGAUCUACUUUAUAGUAAAUGAAUAUAUAAAACAGGAAAUCUUUAGAAAUUCUAAGAAACAGUUCUGAUUUCGAUCGUUUUUUUAAAUUUUGUUUUUUUAUAUAAUCAAAAACAGAAACCUUUUGUAGCAGGGACAUAAUGAUUUAUAUUGUCCAUGAUAUUAAUGAAGGAAAAUAGUUACAUCUCCUGUCCAAUAUUCUUUUUCCAAGUCUAUUACAAAAAAUUAUUUUUUUCAACAGUAAUUCAAUGUGUUAUGUGUAUAAGUAUGUGGGUUUCUGAUAUGAACUCUAACUCAUUUGAACUAAUUGAGCAUGAAAAUAAACAUUAGUACAGUGAAAUCUAGUUUCAAUAUAAAUAAAUGAGAUAAUAAUAUAAUCUACAACAAUCACUAGGAAGUAGUAGUCUUUAAGGAUUUUAUGCUAAAUU